AUGAAACAGGAGUUGAAGGAGAUUGAGGACCGUAUUCUGGAGCGAUUGAGUGCAACUGAGGGAUCUCCCAUCGACGAUCUAGACUUGAUCGCAACACUUGAGGCCUCAAAAAUGAAGUCGACCGAAAUCCAGUCGAAGGUCGUCGUAGCUGAGCAAACCGAAAAGGAUAUUGAUGAGACCAGAAGCAUGUACAUUCCAGUCUCCGUGCGGGCACGCAUAUUGUUCUUCUGUGUUUCAGCCUUGGCAAACAUUGACCCCAUGUACCAGUAUUCAUUGGAGUGGUUUAUCAAUGGUUUUCUCCAUGGAAUCGCGAAUGCAGAAAAAGCUCGUGAGUUGCUUACUACCUGUUUUUUCGUUGAACCAAAUGUCAACGAUUUUUACGUUGUUAGUAGCCUAGGGUUGCCGAUGCUCUCAAGCAUUUUACUGUGACCUGGGAUUUUCCUGAUCUUGUAAUUAACAGGCAUAUUGUUACGACGUCAGGCAAUACUUUUAGUCGAUUUCCAAUGUGCUGUGGCGAAGCUGUAAGAAUUAUAUUACAAAAUGUUCUUUUUUUUUCUACUUUUAGCUACUGUAACCGAGAGAAUCGAGAAUAUCAAUAAUUAUUUUACCUUCUCCCUGUACACCAAUGUUUGUCGCAGUCUGUUUGAGCGACACAAGCUGCUCUUCGCCUUCCUCCUAGCAAUCAAGAUUUUGGAGAAUGAUGGAUUUAUCGACGCGGUACGCCUCAUUCCUUUGAUCCUCAAGCCUACUGUGCACUAAGUUUUCAUCUAAAAUGCACACCGAGGUCACUGUUUCUCUUUUAAAACCGGAUAUACAGAGAUGGCAAUUUAUCAACUCUACCGAAUUGACGCUUAAGGUUUCUGACCUCAAAAAGUCGUUAAAAAUAGCUACAUGCCAGUGGAUUCGGUGUCUAAUCCCUAUAAAGCUGGGAAGCCGACCUCUCAAGAGUACACAAUGAAAUCAACUUAGCAAGUGAACUGCUACCGCAUUCUUGAUCAAUAUUUAUGACUAGGAUGGUGUUUUAAGUGCUUUGGCCGUACUCGGUACUACGUUGGCAGUGAAGAUCACCUUAGAAAAAGCUAAGAAGAUUCGAUCUUUGGCGUUGUGACUACCAGCCACGAGCCCAUGCCAGAUGCGCUCACAAUCAAGGCAUGUCAGUUAAAUGGUCCGAAAGGAAACGACAGCGAUAGACAGUUUUAAUCGGAGCUCCAUACCGUGCAGUCUAAUGUCAAAGUAUGGUGUGGAAACCGCGCGUCCGUGGAAUCGUGAGCCAGGCGUGUGUGUCCGGUUUCACUUUCAAGAGCUGUUGUGUUUCUUUGGUGCAUAUAUUGGAUUUUGUUUACCGAUUUCCGAUUUUCCUGCCUGCUUGGAUUAUCUCCAAUUCAUACGUGUCAGGUAAAUACGAAUUGGUAUCGACCAGUGUGACCAUUGGCCGUGGGGGUGUGGCCUACAGAGCCGACCAUUUAUGAAUAGUAUUACUGCAGACAGUGAAAACAACCCGUAAUCCUUGCGAAUGGCACGGGGUAUGUCCUGGCUUGACCUCAUUUCCUUGCCCUAAAAAAGUCAAACAGCGACAGAUGUAACCAAAGUCUGCCGAGACCGCUGAAAUAAUAUAUACUGUUUAUUUUGAGACCGUAGGAUACCAAGAGACUCGCACAUCCAAAGGACGCUUGCUUUGAGACAAGACCAGACGGCUGAGAUCCCAGUUUCGCAUUUGCUCUAACUCUAAGCCAUUGCGGUCACAUCCUUAAGUUUUUAGAUGUUUUGAUGGUAACUUUAUCCGAAUCUCAGCAUGAGCCGAGUUAUCGUCUAGAUUAUGAUCCUAACAGAAGUGUCUAACAAAAUCUUGUUACCCAACACUUAAAAUCUCCAACUGACUGUAUACUUAUUUCACAGCUACGGACUAUCGAGACUGCCAUCUGGAAAUUGCGUGAAUUUGUAUGAAAAAAACAGUAGGAAAUGUAGAGAGACCAUGAAGCAUCAACGCAAAGUUCAAUCGUAUACUAACCCCUCUACAACGCAUGAUCUUGCUUACAAAGGCGCAAUGCUAGAUUGGAACCUGCAAGUGUUCUACGUGUUUUUCUGCAGAGUUUUUAUUCGGACCUUCGUCGGCAGGAUGGCAUACCGCCCCUAGGAGUCAGUACUGCUGAAAUGUCUACAUUAAUUCAUUGUUCUGCAAGCCCCACACGUAGUUCUUUAGUAAGAGGCAAGCUCAAUUUUAGAAAAAAGUCCGACGCGGAGAGCAGUCAGGUAGUAAAAAAUACUCGAAAAAGUUGUAGAUGGAAUGCAUACGUCUGCCAGUAAAGCAGGAGUGUUAAAACGCUGGGGAAUUUGUUAACUAACUGUUGGCAUUUUCUUGUCCCGCACAUAUAUUUAAGACUUGCCGUGUUCUAUAACCGUGGCACAUCAGAUCCUCACACAGCUAGCCAAUUAAGUGACUUUACCCACUUGUUGCCAUUCACCAUACAGGUUUCUUUUCAGGACGUGGACAUAACUAAUAGUCAUAAUUGCUGGCUUAUCAGAGGAAAAAAGCAGUUUGCUGGCAAUAUGAUUUUGCUACCAUUCCAGCUAGAGUUUUACAGUCUUUUUGAUGGGUUAACAGACUGAAUGGCGCUACUUGCUUGCGGGCGGCACAACACGGAAGAAGGAAUUGCCGAACCCCGCUCCAGAGUGGAUUUCCGACCGAAUAUGGAGCGAACUCCUGACGCUUGAUGCGCUCCCCCGAUUUGACGGCAUUCCGGAAUUCAUCGCUAGUAAUCUGGAUGACUUCAAGGCUAUCUUUGAUUCCAAUGAGCCCCAUAGGAUCCCACUUAAAGAACCCUGGGGUGAGAAGUUGGAUAGUUUCCAGCGCCUUCUGCUGCUGAGAUGUUUGAGAUCGGACAAGGUGACCAAUGCAAUGCAAGACUUUGUUGCUCAUCAUCUUGGCCAAAGAUUCAUAGAACCCCAAACUACUAACCUUGCAGAUGUCUUCAAGGACAGCUCUCCGACAACCCCACUGAUCUUUGUUUUAUCUCAGGUAAUCUUUCCAUCAUGCCUGUCCGCAAAUGGUGCUUGCCCAGAUGACGCCAUCCCUUUGGGAUGCGCAGAUAAAAUUUUUUUAAAACUGAGAAGAGUCACACGGCCAUAUACACGAGCAAAUAAAUGCUAAUUUUCCCGUCACCAUCACCGGUGUUGCACACCUCGGGAUUGGGUAUGAUUGGUUGACUACAACCAAUAAACCACAAAUGGUCAUUCCAGUCUCCCUUGUUUUUGUUAGUAAUGCUAUUCUGCAUACAUAGGAAUUUGUCCAUCAUCAUCAUCAUCAUCAUCAUCAUCAUCAUCAUCAUCAUCAUCAUCAUCAUCAUCAUCAUCAUCAUCAUCAUCAUCAUCAUCAUCAUCAUCAUCACCACCACCACCACCACCACCACCACCACCAUCAUCAUCAUCAUAAACGGCGAUUGCCUUCAUCAGAAUUUGAAUAUUGUAUGGGCACUUAGUUGAAGACCAAUGUAGUGUGCGCGCAUGAGGCCGAAGAAGCCAAUAAGGUAGCUAGGUAGCGUCGAAGUCUAGAGGAACUUGAGGUUGACAGUGAACCGCAUACAAGAUAUCCUCGCCCCCAAGAUGGAGGCAAAGACCAAUCCGGACCUCGGUAACCUGUUUACCGUGACCGAUAUGGAGCACCAUUCCCUCAAAGGCAUCAUCAGCGAGUACCUCGCUCUAUUUUCCAACAUUUACUGUGGUGCAACAGCAAGGUAUGACCAAGAAACUAAGGAUGAUCACGGUAGGCGGCGUGGACAAAUCCACGUUCACGGGUGCAAUAUACGUUCUGCUGCCUCACUCCACACGAGAAAAACUACUAAUUCAAUCCAAAGGACAGGUAUUUAAACCACAAUGAUGUCUUAUAAGUUUGGAAUUGAAUGGUUUUUAGCUAACGAAUCACUUUAUUCAUGAGGCAGUGCUGUUCAGGCUGCGAUGCCUCUGUCUUCCUGGGUUGUCCGUGUAUUCUGGUAGAGUGAUAAACACAUAUGUGGACGACGUAAAUGCCUUGUAGCUCACUACACCUCAUCAUUCGGACACAGUCUGAGCAUAGGAAUAUGUCGUUAACCGGUGGAAAAGAUGACAGUCACGUUGGGAUAUUUCAAUUCAUGCGCAACCAUUUCUGCUCGCCAUUGAUUAGUAGUUCUCAGUACAACUGGCAGACAAACUUCAACGUGUAACUUCUUCCUAGACAGUCUUUAAAUCUGAAUAAAAAGGUGCUAUGCGGUUAACACAUUUCCAUACCCCCGAGUUCAGGGCACGGAUCCAGCUUCCGACCUCUACAAGUUCGCUGAUGUGAUGAAAUUUGGCGGCAAGAAGCUAUCAGCCAUCUC